AUGUCUGAAGUAUCGACAACACCCGUGGCGUUGAAUAUAUAUGAAGAAGCACUAAACGAAGAUACUACGUGUGAUCUUUCAUCUCAAGGAUUACAAGAAGUGCCCGAACUUACGAAUACAUACCUAAGUGCCCUCUACUUACAAAACAAUGCGCUAACAACUUUACCUAGUGAUAUCUUCAUAACUUUAAAACAUCUUAAGUACUUGGAUUUAAGGGACAACCAAUUAACGGAUAUUCCAACAUCUAUAAAACUACACUGCAAUCUUUCACAUUUGUUGUUACAAAAUAAUAAACUAACAACACUUCCGAACGAAUUGGGAACUGUUCCAAAUUUGAAAGUUCUACAGUUAGGCGGGAAUCCGCUCAUGUACCCUCCGAGGGAGAUAAUUAACGCGGGAGUUUCAACUGUCAAAAAGUUUCUUAAUGAACAAUUUAUAGACGAAAUGUUUGCAAAUGACGAGUCACGAUCGGAUAUCACGGGAGAUGUCGUAAGUUCCAACGGAUUAUAUCCUGAACACUAUAGCCAAGAUGGUCGAAGUUACAAUUCCGUUCUGGACGAGGCCAAGUUGAAGAAAGCGAUGCAUGUUCGAGUGAAUGAAAGAGACUCGGAUGAUUCAGACGAAGAAUUGUAUGCGAAAGUAAAGGGAAAAUGUCCGAAGUUAGCAAAGAGUCGGACUAAAAUGCCAACGUAUUAUCAAAGUUCAAAAUAUGUGAAACCGCCGAGAUCAGACGGGAAAACAUUAUUUGAGGCGAAAAUAAAAGAAAGCUAUAUGAAGGACUUGGCUUUGAAGAAGCAUAAAGAACUGUUAGAAUCAAUGGACAAGAUUUUGCAAGGAAGAAAAAACCUGGAACUACUGAAAAACUGGCGCUCAGACUAUAGGAUGGGUAAAUAUACGAAAAAAGGGUCUUACAAAAUUGAUUCGAAUAAUUAUCCUUACGACACUAAUCCGGACUACAUGACGAUUUUAAAUAGAGAUGAUUUAGAAAAAGAUUUGCCUGAUAAAUAUAGAAAGAGAUUGGUACGGAGAUGCAAGCCUACAGUACCAAGAAAGAGUAACAAUGAUGUCCAUUUGGCUCUGAAGAUAAAACAAUUGUUCGACAAUUUGGAAUCUAUCGAGUUGAAUAGAAAAGACAUGACGCCAAGAACUGAGCAAAAAAUGCUGAUGAAUGAGAUACAAAAGAUCUCUGAAAUAAGGCAGAAACUAAUGGAGCUUCAUUCAACAACCAAUUCCAAAACUGCUGAAGUGGAAUAA